UGUGUCAGUUGUCAUUGACAGUGACAGAUAUGCAUUAUUAUUUGAUUGCAUUUGAGUUUGAGUUGUUUUUAUUGAUUUAGUUUUGAAUGGUAAAAUAUCUUGUUAAGUUAAGCAAACUUACCGCUAAGGACAGUGUGGCUAUAAUUCAUCAUUUCUAGUUUGUUGGAAUUGUUUUCAUCUAAUUAAUAUUUAUAAGAAAAUUAAUUACUAAGGUAUAGAAAUAUUUUGCAUUCUUUUCCACGUUAGUUCCACUGUUUAACUUUAACCGGACUCAAUAUGAAUUAUGAUGACAUUUUAAAAGAUGAUGUCUGUGUUGGGCUUGAAAAUGAUGAUUUCAGUGAAUAUCUUAAUGAUGAAGAUGAAAAAGCUGGCAAUAAAAAAGGAAACUAUACUAGGAAUGAUAGUUCUUAUGGAGGAAAAGGAUCAGGAAACUAUGAAGCUGAUGAUUAUGGGCCAUCAGGUCAUGAACCUCAAUAUACAUGGGGAAGAGGUUUUGGGCCAAAUGGUCCACCAUUCCCAACAAACAAUACCAGACAUAAUCCUAUAGGUUUUUUGAUUGGAUGUGGUGUUCCAAGGCAAUCCUUGAGAGGUCUACCAAGAGCACUACUUAAUCUCAUGGAGCCUCAAUUUUGUGGAGUUUGUAAUGUGAAACUUGAAAAUGACAACUCAACUCGUUUACAUUAUAUUUCUAAAAACCACACCAGAAAGCAGAAAACAUGGCUCACUCAACAGGGAGAACAUGGGCCUCAACGUCCCAAAGAGUCUGCAUUCAAGGCACGUGAAUUGUAUUGUGAGUUGUGUGAUGUUCACAUCACAUCGAAGAGUCACGCUGACUCCCAUUACUCAGGAAAGGCACAUCGUGGAGUUGUCGAGGGUCGCAGGGAGAUAAAGAACCGAUACCUGUUACAAAGAGGAAUGGAAGGUCGCUUAAAUUCUCUAAUUCGUCGCGAAAAGAAGUACCUGAAGUUCAUUGUAGCAAAUGAGAAAUCUACUCCUAAGCCUGAACCUGUUAAAGAAGUCGUACUUCCCGAUUCAGAACUGUGCUGUAAAAUCUGCAAGAUUACGGUGACAUGUAUCGAACAGAUGACUAGUCAUAUGAACGGUAAAAAACAUCUUUCCAAAGAGAAACAACAUAUUCUUAAAAUGAUGAAAGGAGUACCUGAAAAUACAAGCACUCAAAACGCGGACUCUGCUAAUGCCGCUCCGGUAGAUAACGCUGCCGAAACUUCAGAAGCUCAGGCACAAUAUGCGGGUGAAAAUGAUGAUUGGUGUGAUGGAGAUGGCACCUGGGAUGAGUGAGAACACUCAGUACAGAUUAGAAGAAUUCACGUUAUGGUGCGCUUUCACUGCUGCCGUAUUCUGGAAGAGUGCAUUUAUUAAAAUGUAAUUAUUAUUCAAUUUAAUAAAGA